AGCCACGAAUCUAACACUAGUCUUUUUUUUUUUUUUUUGUUACACACUAGUAGUACUUUUAAAAGUCAAUAACUUCACGCGCCAAACAGUCAUCAAUUUUUCUCUCUCUCUCUCUCUGGUUUCAGUUCACAAAAAGUCAGUCGUAAAAUAAGCAAAAUUUAAAAAUACAACAAUGAAAAUUAAUUAACCACGUCACGAUGCGAGAUCAACGCUACGAAUCAAUCAAUCCUUUCUUUGAUUCUUUCCCAUCUUCGCAAAUACCCAAAAUGAAUGGGCCCGUUUUUUCAUCUUAGGCGGUUUCCUACUUCGUAACAAAUUCGUUGCGUUGCGGAAUCUGUUUUAUUUUUCAAAACUACUAGCGCCAAAUUAUUAUUUAAUCACAACCGUUAAUCAAUCCACGGUGGCUGUAGGUGAUUGUAAUAGUCAAAACCGGCGUGUGAUUUUAACGUUUUUGUUUUUUGCCGGCUCAUUGCAUUGGACCGGGCCAAGCUAAGCCAUCUUUUUUAUUUUUUCAUUUUCUGGUUACUAUUAAUUAGGUCAAAAUUAAUAAAUAUAAGAAUCAUCGAUUAUAGAAAUUUUGAAUUUUACGGAGCCAUCAACGAUUCAUUCAAAUUCAAUUGUUUUUAAAAAAAAUUAAAGCAUUCCAAUAAUAGUCACAAGCCCCACCACGUGACCAAAUGUCACACGCAUGCUGGAUCAAACUUUUUACAAAGGAAGAUAUGCUACUUCUAGCUACUGUAUGUAUCUAUAUAUUUAUUAAUUAAAUAAAUAAUUUCCUAAAUAAACAACAAAGAACAAGUUAAUAAGAGAGAAGCGAAGAAAAGCAUAUAGUUCCAACCUAACACAACUUCUUCACUGCACUUUCUCCUUCGAUUCUUCUUCUUCUUUUUUUCAUUAACACAGAAAAAUGGAGUUUGCCGUUGCAAAAGCUUUGAAACCGAGUUUAAGGAGUGAGUUUGUUUUUCAACAAACGCUCGGUGGCGAGGAAUUAUUCAGUUACAACGCUAACACGGUGGUUGCUGGUGAAGAUUUCUUCGUUGACGACCUCCUUGACUUUUCAAACGGCGACGACGUUAUUCACCAUGAAAACAACAACGACGAUGAAGAAGAAGAAGAAGAGGAAGAGGAAAAAGAUAACUCAUCUCUUUCCUCUCACUCUCUCUCAGAAGAUAACAACUCAUCCAAUUCCACCGACGCUUCCUAUGAUUCCAUUUUCUCAACUGAAUUACUCGUUCCGGAUGAUGACGUGGCAGGUCUGGAAUGGGUUUCUCACUUCGUAGAUGAUUCUCUACCGGAGCUAUCUCUUCUCUACCCGGUUCAAAUUCAAACCAACAUGUGUCCUCAAAAUCAAACAAACAAUGGAAAAACUCUUCGUUUUUCAUCCGAGAAAAUCAAAAUUACCAAAAAGACCAGAACCAUGAAAAACAGAAAACCAAACCCUCGCGUUUGGGCUCUUAGUCCGUUACUUUUACGUCCGUUUUUCCCGUCACCGCCGCCUUUGGUUUCCGGUGAGCCACCAGCGAAGAAACAGAAGAAAAAGGCCCAGGCCCAAGUUGGUGACGUUGAGGCCCAAGGUGAGGCCCAUUUACAGCGAAGGUGCAGUCAUUGCCAAGUUCAGAAAACGCCCCAGUGGAGAACCGGUCCGUUAGGAGCUAAAACCCUUUGUAACGCGUGUGGGGUUCGGUAUAAGUCCGGUCGGCUUUUUUCGGAGUAUAGACCGGCUUGUAGCCCAACUUUCAGCAGUGAAAUUCAUUCAAAUAGUCACCGGAAAGUGUUGGAGAUGAGGAAGAGGAAAGGGAUGGUUGGACCGGAACCCGGUUUACCGGCUCAGACCCAAAUGGUUAGGACUUGUUGAGUCAUUAGAGAGUAGGAAGGAAGGAGGAAAUAGUAGUAGUGGGUUAGUUAUACUUCCAUCCACCAACCCGGUUUGAACCGGGUUUAUCUUUUUGUAAAAUAUUUAGUGGUUGUAGUUGUAGUGCUAGUCAGCUAGGCAGCAGGUAACGGAUAUUAUUAGGAAGGAUUUGAUUGUUAUUUGUUUGUUUCCCAUUUUCUUAGCUUUGUUCUUUUUAAUUAAUCUACUAAUACGGUUUUAAUUUUUA